AUGGCGAGCAACAAGAAGUUUCGACAUAGGUCUGAGGCGGCAGCCGUGAAGAGGGUGGCAUGCAUGGAGGGUGACGAGGGCUGCAUGUGCCCCAAGUGCAGGUUUGGGAGCUCCCUUGAUUCUGACGACCAGGAGAAGCGGCUGAAUGACAUAGCCACAUGGCUGUGCGUGGGGCCUGACAGCGAAGAGGAGCCAACCAAACAGGAGCUGAAGAAGUGGAACAAGACAGCGCUGAAGCUGUGCAAAUCGGCGCAGGUGGGCAAUAUUGAGGAGAUGGAGGAGCUUUUAAGCAAGCAGGACUGCGAUGAUGACAUCAUGACACAGAUAUCCUCAGAACUGGUGAUUGUGGCGAGCCAGUUUGGAAAGCUGGAGGCCCUUAAGGUCCUGCAUGAGAGCUGGCUGGCAGACCUGAAUUACCAGAGCAACAGGGGUAGGACGGAGAGGGGGAGGAGCGCGCUUAUGUACGCGGCUAGCAACGGGCAUGUGCCAGUUGUGCGCUACCUGCUUGAGCAUGAAGAUGUCAACAUAGAUUGUGCAGAUGAGGGUGCAAUGACGGCACUCAUGAUAGCCAUAUUCUCAAAUCGGAACGCAGUUGUCCAGGUGUUGCUUGAAGAGGGUGCAGAUGUGAAUGUGACAGAUAGCAGGGGCCGGACUGCCCUAUCCCAUGCCGCUAUGUUUGGCAAUGUGGACACGAUUAAUCUGCUGGCGGAGCAUGGGAGCUCCCUAUACCAUCAGGAUGGGGAUGGUAAGACUGUGCUGGAGCUCGCGCAGUGCCACAAUAGAUGCACGCAUGUGGUUGAAGCCAUUAAGAAAUGCCUUGUGAAGGAGGAGCUGCGCAAAGAGAGGGAGCGGCGCAGCAAGAACAAGCUGAAGGCUAGUCAGGGAGGGGGCACAGGGUUGGCAUCGCGGGGCGCAGAACAAGCGGACCAAAACAUGGCAAGGCUGUUGCGUGAACUGGAAGAAGAAGAACUGUCACAAAAGAAAAAGAAAGAAUCGAGAAAAGCAAGGAGGCGGCGGAGGAGUGGCCCAGGGUUGAGCUCAGGGACUGAUGAAUUGUCUGUGGAUGGCAUGGUCGGUGGUUCGCUCGUAAGCCAAUCACCUGAAUGUCCUGGCCGAUCAAUCGAUGUGGGGAGCCAUUCGCCAGAUAGGGGCGAGCAGACAAAGGAAUUGAGCUCUCGAAAGAAGAACCGUAAAGCACGCAAGGCUUCUGAAUGCCCAAGCAGACAGGAGCCAAAAGCUGAGCCAAUAUCUGUGGUGUCCAGCUGGGACUUACUGAAUCCACACGCACAAAGCGUGGACCCAAGAGAGCUGAGGGCGUACUGGAACGUCAUUUUGGAGGAUGCGAACAGGUGCGUGGAGGAGGAGAAGCAGGCACAGUACAGGGACCUUCUUUUGAAGCUCAUGCAGCGGUGUGAGGAGGAGGGCAUAAGCGUGAAGCAGGGCAAGAAGGUGAUGGGCCGGCUGGAGAGGGUAGGAGGUGCUCGGGAGGAGCUGUGUGGUGCAAUUGGCACCACGCCCGUGGACCUCCACCGAGUAGACAUGGCUUUGAAGGACGCCAAGCAGGUUAAGAAUCUCAUCGACCCCAAACUGUGGGCAAAGGCAGAAGCCCUGAUGCAGGAGGGUGGAGCACAGUUCGUGCAGGAAAGGGAGGCUGUGAUCUCGUCACUCGUGCAGCUGCACACGGAUGUGCAGGCAAAUGGGCACUGCGAUGAAUCACCACAGGGCAGCCCCCCAGGCUCCUCGGAACCCCUCGGCAGUGUGAGUUUGAAUGGCGCACCAAGGAGGGCACAGGCAGCUGAUGGGGGUGACACCCUGGCGAAGGACAUAGAGUGCAUGGUGUGUCUCUGUGCAAGGCGGAGCGCGUGCAUCGUGCCGUGCGGGCAUAUUUGCAUGUGCUAUGGAUGCGCUAUGGAGGUGCAGAACAAGAAAGGGGUGUGCCCGCUCUGCCGAGGUAGCAUCGACGUCAUCAUGGAAAUCCUGUGA